AUAUCUCUUUUUUUUUCUUACACCAAUAUGAUAACGGCCAUAUUGAAAAUACCUUUGGAGUUGGCGAUAUUGAAGAAGGAAUUAUUCAACAAUUGGUAUCAACUUAGAACUUAUUAUUUCUCUUUGCUAAUAACUGAUCUACCUAUAAAAAUAUUUUGUUCUCUUGUUACCUGUUCAAUUUCAUACUUACUCAGUGGUCAACUGCUCGAGUUGAAUAGAUUUCUCAUGUUUUUUGGGAUCAGUGCCAUGACAACCUCCAUUGCUGAUACCUUUGGAUUUCUAAUAGGUACUUUGGUCAAUCCCGUGAACGGUACCUUCAUAGUUACUUGAGUUACUCGAGAUACACUCUAGAAGGUUUCAUACAAUCGAUCUACGGAUAUAAUCGCGAGAAAUUUCCAAAUUCCGACGAUCUAACAUAUUGUAUAUUUCUCAAUCCGAAAAUUAUUUUUAAAGAGCUUGGAAUCGACGAUGGGAAAUAUUCUCAUAACUUAUUAAUUCUAAUCGUAUUUUUUGUUUUCUAUCGAAUCGUUUCAUACUUUACGUUGAAAAGAAAUUUAUCGUUAACUUGAAAUGGCAACAUGAACAAUAACGAUAAUGAUAUAUAUGAUAUAAUUUAUAUAAUAAAAAUAAUAUAUAUAUAUAAUAAAUAAAUAGAUAUAAAU